AUGCCCGCCGCGGCUCUCCCCCUAGACACACACACACACACACACAUCCCGGUUCAGUCAGCCCUCCGGCCGCGUCGGGCAACCCGCAGCGGGAGGAUUCCCGUCCCUUCCCCUCCGCCCCGCCAGCCGCUCCACUUCCCUCGCGGCCCGGCCCGACCUCAGGGCGGAGGGCGGCGGGAGGCGGGGUCGCCGCCCUCAAGUCCAACAUGGCCCCGCUGCGCCGCCGACCCAAUCGCCGGCGCGGUUACUCCCGGAGAGGGUUGGGGGCCGGGCGCCCUCUGGCCGGAGCGCGGGGCAGUGCAGUGGCCCGGGCUCUUCCCCUCCAUCCCCGUCCUUCGCUGCCCGCCCGCGGCCGCCACGUCAGGCCGCGCCCUCCCAGGGCGGCCUCUCUUCCCCCCUCGCGCCGCCCGCCCUGCGGGCCCCGCCGCCACGUCAGGCCCCGAGCGAGAAAGGCACGCCCCGGGCGAGGUGACCGGUGGCGAGGGUCAGCGCCGAGGUCACUCACACGCGCAGAUGGACAUCGCCGGGCCAGCCCGGGUGCGCUGAGGCAUGGCGAGGGUUAGUUAGCACUCAGCCUUCUCCAUUCCCGCUGAGACCCGGGUGACGCACGGCUGGGCUGUAAAAUCGGGGGCACCGACAGUCCGCGGUGUGAUGCAGCGAUUCGGGGGGUCAAGCACCUGCCGCUUUUAAAGGCCAGGCAAGAAGGACACCCAGCCCCGAGACCUGAUGUGAGGCGGGGGGCGCACACCUCCAUGGGUGGAGAGCUAGGGCUGAAGCUGAGCUCCUUGCUAAUGUGCCUGGGAAAGCAGCAGAAGAUAGCUCAAGUCCCUGAGUACCAGACACCCACACUGGGAGACCCAGAUGAGGGUUCCUAGCUCCUAGCUUCAGCCUAGUCCAAUGCCAGCCAUGGAAGCCUGGAAGCCACCGACAAGUGAACUAGAGGAAAGAAGAUCUUCCUC